CUACGCGCUCGGAGCUCGACGCUUCCUGUUCCGGCGCCAGGAGGAGCCGCGCGCUGCUGGUGCUGCUGGUGCUGCCGCCCCCGCCGCCGUCGCCGCUGCCGUCAGUAGGGUUGCGCUCGGUUCUUCAGCGCCAAGUUCCUGCGGACCCAUCGCCACUUCUAGACCUUUCCGCGGGCUCGGAUCUUGUCGGGAAAAUGUCUGAUGAAUUUUCGUUGGCAGAUGCACUACCUGAUCACUCCCCUGCCAAAACCUCUGCUGUGAGCAAUACAAAACCUGGCCAACCUCCUCAAGGCUGGCCAGGUUCCAGCCCUUGGAAUAACCCAAGUGCUCCACCUUCUGUGCCAUCUGGACUCCCACCAAGUGCAACACCCUCCACUGUGCCUUUUGGACCAGCACCAACAGGAAUGUAUCCCUCUGUGCCUCCCACUGGACCACCUCCAGGACCCCCAGCACCCUUUCCUCCUUCUGGACCAUCAUGCCCCCCACCUGGUGGUCCUUAUCCAGCCCCAGCUGUGCCAGGCCCUGGCCCCACAGGGCCUUAUCCUACACCAAAUAUGCCCUUUCCAGAGCUUCCAAGACCAUAUGGUGCACCCACAGAUCCAGCUGCAGCUGGUCCUUUAGGUCCAUGGGGAUCCAUGUCUUCUGGACCUUGGGCACCAGGAAUGGGAGGGCAGUAUCCUACCCCUAAUAUGCCAUAUCCAGCUCCAGGGCCAUAUCCUGCUCCUCCUCCUCCCCAAGCACCAGGGGCAGCACCUCCUGUUCCAUGGGGCACUGUUCCCCCAGGAGCCUGGGGACCACCAGGGCCAUAUCCUGCCCCUGCAGGAUCAUAUCCCUCACCAGGACUCUAUCCUGCUCCCAGUAAUCCUUUUCAAGUGCCUUCAGGACCUUCUGGUGCUCCACCGAUGCCUGGGGGCCCCCAUUCUUACCAUUAAGUUAACAAUGGACGAAGAGAUGACGCUUUGCUUUUUGAAGUACAUAUAUAUAUGCACAUGAAUGCAUAUAUAAAAAUUGCUGUUUCACUAUUCUUAGAGGGCAUUCAUGAAAGAACACCUCUUGCACCUCUCAGAAGAUAUCUGCCUCUUGUGCUUGGAUGUUUAGUACAUCUGAUGGAUAUAAUCAGAUAAAAAUGUAAAAGUAAAUCAUUCAAAUGUGAUUUUUAUUCGGUUUUUAUGGAAAGUUAAAGUUAAUAAGUAUAUUGAAUAGCUCUUUGAUACAGUUGUUUAAAAGAAGUUUUCGAUUUGUUUAAAUUAUGAAACUGAACACUUAUAUAAUCACUUUUUCCCGUAAAUAAACACACUUUGAAAACAAUCACAUUGUCAUAAUUUAAACAAAUGAUGCCUCUCAACAUCUUGAGCUGCUCUAUCUAUAGGAUAAAUAACCUGGUCCUCUUGAGGUUAUAUUUUGGAUAUAGAUUUUAAUACUAUUGGUAAUUAUUGUCAGAUGUUGAGUUCAUUUUUAUCCUUGAGCUUUUAGUAAGAACUUUUCCUUCAUUUUGACUUCCACCUGAUUUGUUUUAUUUUUAGCCAGAUGGGUUGUAACAACUCUAAAAUCUGCCCUUGAUGGAAGCUAACUUUUUUCCUUAAUGCAGGCCAGCAUGUAUGUCAAUUAUAUUCUGAGAGCAUUGGUGAUCUCUUUGUAUUGCUUAGAACAGAUUAUUUUGAGAUGUCCAUAUUACUUUGGGAAGAGCUCAAGGAAGAAACUAAUUCUCCUUCAUCUGAAUCCACACGUAGAGGAGACCCUGAGAGUUGCUUUAUGGUAACAAAUAAUUUGCAUUCCCACAGGACACUCUUCUACAGGACCUUCCCUGUAGCCCCCUCUUCCUCAGUUCUUUAGAAGGAGCACAGCCUUUGAUUCAUCCCUGAUACGGAAAACUGGCACACUCUAGGGGUCUGUCACAAACACACAGAUGUUAAUGUUUAGAGAACCUUCGUCAUACAGACGAGCAAUUGAAAUAUGUAUGUCUCUCAGAGUCUGGUUAAGCUAUGUCGUUGUCAAUUGCAUAGUUUCCUGGAUCUGUUUGUAAAGUGCUUAUGGCUAACAGUUCAGUUCUGUAUUUUUUGACAGGUAAAUAGGUAGAAGAAUAAGUGCCAUCCUUAAAAAUUAUUCUCUAGCUCUAACAAUAAUAAUAAAGUGUAGAUCUCUGCAAUUGAGUUUAAAGCAUUGUGACUGUUACUUAAAAAUAAGUGUUGUUUGUAACCUUCAAAGUAGCUUUUUGGCACCUUACCUUAAAAUCACAUUUUUAGAUUUGGGAUAUAACUGACCAUGUUAUUUGUCAAAUAACAUUUUGAAAUUUUGAAUGUAUCCAUUGGGUUACUAAAAUGUGAAUUUCUUGAGCAGUAUAUGAGAGAUUUAUGCUGGAGCUCUUAUUUUUGCUUAGAAAUAAAAUAAUUUAGUAGUUUAUUUCCCUUAUAGUUAAAAAUGUCAAGAAUGCCAAAUGCUGCCAAGUUAAUGGUUUGAUAGCUACCUCCUUUUUAAGAAAGCAAGAUUGCCACCUUUGAGAGAAGUAUUCAGUUUAGGCCUCCCUUUUAAGUGGAUGACAAAUUCAAGCUUUCAGAAUUGAAACUAAUUUGUUUAGAUAUUUUCAGACUGGGGAAUGUUAGCCAGCUCUUUCGUAGUGGCAGUCUUUUAUUCUUGCACUUCUCUGCUGGGACAAGUGGCAGCUAUCUACAACACUCUUGGAAUCUGUUGUCAAAGUAUCCUUCAGUUUAUAAGGCAGUAGCCUAAGAAGGUGUCAGAGCUUAAAUUAUCCAUCUGUUUCAUAAUGUCUAUCAUAAUGUCAGCUAACUCUGGAGGGGUGAUAGGAACAGUGAGAUGGCAGCAAAGAUAUCUCUCCUUUUGGUUAUUUUGGUUGCCCCACAUUGUGAUAAGUGGACAACUCUGGCUUUAAAUAAAAUAAUUAAUGUAACACUAGAGAGGAUAAUGUCUGACUAAAAGAAAAAGAGGUAAUGAGUUUGGGAAUCUGUAAUUGUGGAGUCCAUUUAUGAUUGGAGAAAACCUUCUGCUCAAGGACUUGAAGGGCCAUGACUACAAGAUUUGGAAUUACUAUCCCUUAUAAGUAUAUUAACUUUGCUGGCGACCCAUACUGCCAGUGUGCCCUAGAGGACACUGCCAUUUUAAAUUUUGCGUUUCAAGUAUCUUCUAAGUAAUAUUUGGGUUUGGUUGGUUUUUGUUUUUCUUUUUUUUUUUUUUUUUUAAUGUAAGAGUGGAAAUCAGAGGGAAUAAGUUUGCUUUUACAUUAUUUUUAAUUCUUUUAAGCAUCAUUUCUCAACUUGGAGAAGGGGCAACUCAAUUCUUGUGGGUACUCUGGGGCAAAAAGUAUUUUUAGGUUCAGGGCGGAGUUUUAAGGGUGGAAUGGAGGAAAGCAUCUAAGAAGGUUUUUGUCUUUACAAGGGAAUAACAUUGCUUUUAAAACAAGUUGUGCUAGGCUGAGAUUGGUUUGUAGAAGAGACUGCUUGUUAGAAAGUAUGUUUGGUCUUAAGGGAAUUCGAAGUAUGGAAUAUGCUGGCAUUUGGACUUUCAGAGCAAGAAUUUUAAGAUAAAUGUGAUGGAGAUAGUUGAGAUAUGUUGAGGAAUAGUGUUUCUGGAAUUAGGACUUUACUUAGAGUUUGAAACAUUGAACCUAAAAAUGACACCAGAAAAUUCAAAUAGAGACCGUUAGGUCCUCAUUCACACACUCAGUCCUCAGGAAUCAGGACUCCUGAAAGGAGUACUUACAAUGCCUGGCCUGUCUACUGGACUCCGCCCGACACUUUUGCGCUUUUGAAGAUGGCUGUUAACAGCUCUGACUCCACAGGCCUGUUUUCUGUAAAGUAUGAUAUUGAUUAUUUGGGCAUAGACAAUACAUUUUUUAAUUCCCCAAAGGCUUUCCUUCUUUGCCAUUUACAGUUAUUGUUUUCAGUAGAGAAUAAUAAAAGGGCAGAGAAGAAAGAGGUGAGUUUUUGGCCUUGGUCCUCACUUUCUAGGAAAGAAGUUGGUUUUGCCCCUCAUACUUUUACCUCACAAAUAAUUUGAGCUACCUAUUGUACUCAGAUGUACAGUUUUUGAAAUUAUUCGUGUACAUCAGCAUAGCUCUACUCAGAGUUUCAAUUUAAAUACCAUGCCAAGUUUGCAUAUCAGUCAGUUGCCUACACUUCUAAAUGAUUCAUGCCAGUGUCUUCCUUCCUCACCCUGAAUAAUCUAGUGCUAGAUUUAUAAAAUGCCUGGUUUAUAAACCUUGGAAAUUAAACCUAAGCACAGACCUUCAAGUGUUCACGUUUUUGAGAAGCAUAAGGCUUAAUUCAGAUGAAUCACACUGAUACACUGUACUAUGCAUAGAAAGUGGUGGGUGGCUUUCAGGGAAGACUAUAAUCUUAAUAAAGCAAUAUUUAGUAUUGAAGACAGAUACUGUUCUUUUUAUGUUUCAGAAUUCUGCCAAGUAAAACAAAAAUUGCCAAUAAAAUAAUCAGUAUUAAAGAAGUGCCAUGCAAGCUUCUGGCAAUAGAAAACAUCUGAAAACUGCAUUCAUUCAGCAGACAUUUAAAUGUCUAUGAUCCAGGUGCUUUGCCAGAUGCCAGAGAUACAGAGAUGAAAGAAUGCCUGUCCUUCAGAGACUUACAGCCCAGGGGAAGCAUUGCAGAGUUGAUUAGUACCCCCAGUAUUAGUUACCUGGAUAAACAUUCUAGUAUUGCUGCUGGUAGAAAUUAGAGACCAGCCUUUGGGCAUUUAAAAGUAAGAAAAUGCUUUUCAGGACUGUAUUGUCAGUGCAACUAUUCAAGCAUGUGAAGUAAUGGGAUAUUUUUCCCCUGGAUAAAGGCACUUUCCUGCCUGUCACUGAUUAGCAGAUACUGAUUUGUUGCCAUUAAGUAAGCUUGACUUCUGAUGUGUGCUCUAUAAAGAUUUUUUUUCUUGGUAUUGUGAUUUUUUUUUUCAUUGACUCAAUAAUGACAAAUUUAAUGUAUGUAAUUGUCUAUGCAUUUUAAGUUAAACUGCCUACAAUGUGAUUUGAGACAUAAACAUUUGUAUUAUGAACUGUAAGCAGUCUGUUUAAGAUGUUAGGUUUUAUCACCUGCUGCUGUAUUUGUAAACAAAGACAAAUGUUGCUUUAAGACGUAAUUAUAAUUAGGAAUAGUCUAUGGAUGUGAUACUUGAUAUUUUUUAAGAUAAACCUUUGCUUUUGUGUAUUAUACCUGGAAACUUUU